UUUACUCAAAACUAAAACCUGAAGUUAUGUUUUAUAUUUUAUAUUUUUUUCCAUGAUAGAAGAAUAAAUGAAAGUUUCUUUGCCACGUCGUGACAACUGACAUAUUUUGACAGUUACUGAAUUAAUUUUCUUGAUGUGUCGUUUAAUAAUGCUAGAAAUUGUCCACGUGUUGUUCUUCUAACAUUAAAUUUUACUUUAAAAGAUGCCGCUGCUGCUACACAUACAUUCCGUAAAUAAAGACUAGAUAGUGAAACAUGUUGAACAACCCAGCUCACACAUUAUGGCUGUGUUCGAUGGCCAACUUCAUCAAUGCUGCGGACCGGGUUAUCAUGCCAAUUGCCAUUGUCCAAAUGACAGAUGAGUUUAAGUGGGACAUGCAUGGUCAAGGAUGGGUGCUCAGCUCCUUUGCAGUUGGAUACAUUAGCAGUCAGGUGAUUGGUGCAAGUGCUACAAGGAGAUAUGGUGGGAAGAAAGUUCUGAUGAUGUCAGUGCUGCUUUGGUCUCUGUCAACAUUUCUCGUGCCCUUGUUUGCUCACUCGAUAUACUCACUUAUAGUGGCACGGGUUGUCCUUGGUCUUGGAGAAGGUCUAGGAUUACCUACAAUAUUCCAUAUAUUUUCUCAUGGCAUUCCCAGUGAAGAAAGGUCACGAGCAUUUGGCUAUUUAGUGGCUGCUGGUUCUAUUGGUCAGACGUUAGCAUCUGUGAUAUGUCCACAACUGAGUUGGAGCAUGAUGUUUUAUUUGUUUGGAUCUAUUGGUUUUAUUUGGGUGUUUUUCUGGUUGUAUUUUUUCAAAGAGCCAAGAGGGUCAGUUGAUGAAGAAUUUGUAGAACCUCCAAAAGUGAAUAAUCAUAAUGUAAACUGGAGAGAAUUUAUCAGUCACUGGCCCCUGUGGUCAAUCUAUAUUGCUCAUUUUUCCAUGAAUUGGUCCAACUAUAUCAUCUUGCAAUGGUUGCCGACCUAUUUAACACGGACAUUGGGAGCCGGCAAAACACAUAUCAUGUUAACUGCAGUACCUUAUCUCAUGAAUUCUGUAGUAGGUGUAGUUGCGGGACAUUGUGCAGAUUCUCUCAUCACACACUAUAAGUGGACCGUGUUGUCUGUGAGACGUUUAAUGACGAGUAUUGGUCUCAUGGGACCUGGAAUAUUUAUUCUCUUCUUUAGUGCUGUUAAUGAUUUACCUUUAGCUGUGUUUUUUGUUACAAUAUGCCUUGGCCUGAGUGCCUGUAAUUCCUCGGGACAUCUCAGUAACCAUGCUGAAGUAGCACCUAGCCAUGCCGGCAUCACCUUCGCUAUCUCCAAUACUCUUGCUACAGUUCCAGGAAUUUUAUGUGGGCCCCUUACUGCUGAGCUUGUCACGCAGAGUCACGGCCGUUGGUUCCCAGUGUUCAUUAUUGCGGCGGGCGUGAACUUUGUUGGUGCAAUGGUGUAUUUGAGUCAGAGUGCUGCCAGUCAGUUGUUAUAGUAUAAAUAGGGGUCAAGUUCAUGACUGAGUAUACCAGAAGUCUUUCAUUGUAUAUCUUGAGGUGAUAAUAUGUGAUGGUUCACAUUGCUUUUCUAUAAAAACUUGGCCAUAGGUCAUUCUUAUUACCUCUGAGAAAGGAACUCAUGGCCUAAACAUAUGGCUGUGUGUGCAGAGACAUUAAAUGGCACAGACAAACUGCAUGUCAGUUGAGAAAAAAUCAGUGUCUUUUUACUUACCUUUAAAAGUAAACUUUCAAAUAGAUGUACACUACAACCUCUCCAGAGCGGCCAUCUCUUAAGCAAAAACCUCUCUAUAACAUCAUCAAAAUUUCCCUAAGCCGAAAUAUACUAUCAAAUUUACCUCUCCAGAACAACAACCUCUACAUAACAGUCAAUAUUUACAUCUCCCAAAGGGUGUUGCUAUACAGAGGUUGCACUGUAUUCUGUAUUGAAUGUUUAAUGCAGGCCAUCAACCUGUUUCUGUCAUGCUUUGUUUUUGUCUUAAAUUUCCAGUAUUUCUUAGGCUUUCCUACACUUUAUUAGUAAUUUUCCUAUAUUUCUAUGUAAAAUGUUGAUUAAUGGAAAAGAACUAUUUUUUUCGUGCUUUGCAAAGUAAAGACAGGUAUAAAGUUUCUAACAAAUGCAAAUAAAGUAGGAACAAAUAAAGAGUUCUGUAUAGCCCCAGUUUAAAAAAAAAAAAUAGCAUAUAGAGUAUUUUGUAACUUAAUUGUGCUGUUUUCUGUAUCAAAACGCCAAUGUUUUUUUUAUUAUUUUUUUCAAAUCCUAUGUUUACGGAAAGAUGGUUGAUGGCCUUCAGAAUAUGUGAUAUUUGGGCUAAUAUGAUCAGGAAUUAGCAGUGAAAGAGAGGUCAGGAAUCGUGACUAAAAGAAUAGUUUGGAAUGAACAAGAAAUAUUGCCAUUUUAACAUGAUGAACAAAUGUUUUAUUUUCAUCUGUACAUGCUAUGCUUUUGUGGACUUCAGUUAUUAUGAAUUUACGUUUUUACUUGAAAAAUCCACUGUUUUUGGGAAAGACAACCUUUAGUUCAUAAUCGUCAUGAUCAGUACAUGUAUACUUGGCUGUUGGAGAUUUGUUUCAAUAUUUUGAAUCCAAAAAAGCAUAAGUUUGUAGAUAACAUAUUUUCCUGAAAGAAAAAGCAUGUAUAAAAUGUUGUUCCUGGAAAUUGAAAUUUUGAAUAAUACUGGAUGGUUCACUUUGAUGACAUGAUUUUAUCAUUGAAGUUGAAAUGUUUUAUUCCAUUUUAUUAGUAUGUACAUUGUAUAUAAAUGUUAAGUGUUCCUAAAAGUGAACAGGGUGUAAAACUGUUUAAACAGAUAUUUUAUCAUAGGCAUACUUGUAAAAAGCUUUACUGUGCCAAAGAGAUGUAAAUAUAUUUUUGCUCUACAAUCUGUGUCAUUGUCGCUUACAGCGCUACUGGCUUUCAUCUUUCUGUAUUUUUUAUCAAAAAAGAAGAUUCUUUUAUAGUAUUUUUAAGUGUUGUUCUAUGUUGUUAUUAACAUCAGUUUGUCAGUCCAUCUUAUCUUACUAUGAUGAAAUUGUAUGCUGUCCGCGUCAUUUUAAAAUGAUGUCAUAUGUCGCGUCAGCUUGAUAGGAGUGCAGUCCUCGUUAACGUGAAAUUAUUUCAUUUUGCGGGAACAAAAGUUCAAGGUUUGGGCCAAAAUGGCUGUUUCAUUGUGAUAUAAAUUCGUAAAUUUAACUUCGGAAAAUAUAUGAGCCGUGCCAUGGGAAAACCAACAUAGUGGCUUUGGAUCCAGACCAGCCUGGGCAUCCGCGCAGUCUGGUCAGGAUCCAUGCUGAGUAGGAAAUUCUCUUCUUUGUUGGGAUUUAAUUUUAUGGAUUGACUCGACCACAGAAUCCAUGAAAAUUUGUCUCUAAAGAAUAUUAAUGAUUUCAGAGAAUUUCAUAAUGCACACAAUGUCAGCUCUGUAGGGUGUGCAGUCCCCUUUAUCUUAUCAUAAUGAAAUCGUACACUGUGUCAGUUUGGUAGGUUGUUCCAGAUUGUUCAAAGUUUCAGGGGAACAUGUUAAGAUUUCUACAAAUGUCAGUUAAUACAGGUAGCUGCUUUGUUCAUUCAAAUGUGGGAAAUGAUAUACACUUACAGAAUACUGUAAAAGCACAUAUUUUCGCUGGGUCAAAAUUUCGCGAAUUUGAAAUUUUGAGUAUGUUCGCGAGGUUUAAUAUUCGCGAAAUUGUAAAAAUGGUAUCAUACUUGAAUUUGAAUUAUACUAAUGCUGAAUAUUUAUGCGAGGAUUAAUUUUCGUGAGAUGCAGGGCCUCGCGAAUAUAGCGAAAAUUAAACCCUCGCGAAAAUUUCUGCUUUUACAGUAGCUUUCUGGUUAGUCAAAUUGUUUGCCCGAACUUGGAGAAUGACUCGAAUUCAGCAAACGUGUUUAAUAUAGAAGUCAAGUAGCAUUAACAAUUGAUCGGCGAUUUAUAUGAAGCAUUAUGAACAUUUAAUAAAAGUGAAAAGUUAAAAUGUGAACCAGAUACAUUGUGACUUUAAUGAAAAACUUGGCAUUUUUCUUUCCAAGUUAACCUAGUUUUAAGACAGUAAAUUUAAUUUAUUUGGGUAAUUUCUCAGGCCGAUUUUAUUUGAUAAAAUCCGAAUUGGGUAUAGUGUUAAGCUUUUACUUCUUUACAUAGAAGAUAUUGGGGUAUGUUGUUAAAAGGGUUAUUACUAUUUUUAUUAUAUCACAUAUAUCUAACACUUGGCACACAUCACGUUAUACAACUCGAUCAAAGUUGGUGCUGAAAUUACAUUUUAAAUCGCUAGUAGAAAAGCUUUAGUUGAAAUGAAAUUGUAAGGGGUGGGUAGGCUGGAUUGUAAAUAGUGGCUGACACAGUCUGAUAAAACUUGAAAUUUAUUUUUGUUUAUGCCUUACAUUAUAUGGUGCAAACAUCGUUUUGUUUUUCUUAUAAGUUAUGAGAUUACAAGUUAAUGCCAAUGUGGUUGUUUACAUGUAUUAUAUUUAUUAGACCAUUAAAUCUGCACAAUAUGUAA